AGUUCGCCCUCGACUUUAUCCAUUGAUUUUUUUUGUUUGGUUUGUAUUUGAGUUGAGUUCGGUUCGGUGUGUGCAGUAGCUUUUGCUCAGUCUUGUAUCUGUAAAGUAUUUCCAAAUUCUAUUUAUUUUCCUAAUGAAAUUGGGGCGUGAAAAAUAAUAGAAAAAAAUCGGGCCCCGGAAAAUGUAUUUCCUCAUACCGUUCUCUUUUAUAUAAGUUCCUAAGCCAAUCGUGUGAAUGUCCUAUUUUAUUUUUAAAAAACUUUUGCUUUCUGUAUUUAAUUUGAGUUGUUGCAACAAAUAAAAGAAAUGUUUUGAUGUUGUCGGUGAUGUUAGGUUAUGUGCAUUAGCUGCAUCUAAAAAUUAAUCGUUUGGGGGGGCCCCAUUUUCCGUACUAAAAAUGAGCACCUGGGCGGCGAGAAUGCAUAGGCGCGCGGCAACUUUCAGUAACGUAGUCACGUCUUGCGGUCACCCUUCGGGCCCCUAUCCGAGGCGGCUAGAAAAAGUCAAAUUCGGGGUGCCUCUAGAAGAAGUGUGCAAAAACGACAUUCCCGGGCCCCUAUUGGUAUUAAUUUUGAAACUCAACAAAGAAGCUCCGUAUAGGAAAGACGUGUUCAGAGCCCCCGGUCAUCAAGGGGCCAUGAAAAAGCUCAUCCAUUUUUUGCAAACUGGCCGUCUUGUCAACAUGGACAAUUUCAGCGUCUACACCAUAGCCAGUGUACUGAAAAAAUUUCUUAGAAAAGUGCCUGGUGGCAUUUUUGGUAGGGAUAUCGAGCAGAAAUUUUUCGAAGUCAUCGAGAUACACGAUGUACAUCAACAAAGAGACGAAAUAUACAGAAUAAUCACAUCGCUACCGCCUUACACACAAAAACUGUUGGUACUUCUAUUUGGCACGUUCAGGGUGAUAGCUUCGAAUAGUGAAAAGGCCGGCACCGGAAUGACCGGGGAAGCCCUGGGAGUCAGCGUGGCGCCCAGUUUUUUCCAUUCGUGCGUCAGCGAUGGAAAAACUGCCAAAAUGGAGGAUGUCAUGAAGUUUAAGGUUGCUUCAAGAGUAAUGAAACAUCUAAUAGAAGAAUUUGCUUCUUCGAAUCUCUUUGGCAAAGACAACUACGAGUAUUACGCGCGAGUUACAGGCCGAGUACUGCGAGUGCAAGGCGAGUGGAUUUGCUCAUUCCAAUAUCCGCCUGCCAAGGGUAUGUACCCCAACGAAUACGUCGCUCUCGAGCGUUAUUUAUUAGGACACUUGUCGAUGGGCAAAGAGACUUGGUUGCUGUGCGAAAACCAUGGAGCUUACAUGGAAGCAUUGUCUCAAGGAGAAGAAUGCCAAUCGACUCCUGUUCUUUUGGAAGCAGGACUGCCGCCCCAAGUGAAUUCCUCGUCUUUGGGGAUGAUUGCCGAACACACCCUUUUAGAAUCUUGCACCAGAUUGUCAAUAUCUUUAGAGCAGAAUGGUUUGUUCCAAAACAACACGUCCCAUUCUUCAAGCACAAGUCAUUCCUCCAAAUACAGCCACAAUUGUUCAGGACCAAAAAUGACUUUGGAAGAACUGAAAGCUGUUAAUGCUUAUGCGGAAAGUACUAGAAGUCUUAGCUAUUUACCACAGGUCCACGAACGUCAAACUGAAAGAAUGAAAACUAGAUCUCAGUGGUUCCUAGGACCAUCAGUGGAUUGUGAAAGUUGCGGUGGUUCCUUGGAUAUUCCCCUAAAUAAAGCUGACGUUUCUGCUCUUACCAAUGCCCUACUUAGAAAGUCAUCAUCAGGAACUAUUGUGGGAGUUGCUGGAUUAUCAUUGAGCGCUGAAUCAAUCCAGAAAAGACCGAGCAUUAAAAGGGCAAAUUCCAGAGAUAAAAGAUACGUUCAAAGAUCUGCUAGUAGAAGAAAUAAAGAGAAUGGUUCAAGAUCUAGCAGUUUCAAGGGCCGUAAUGAACGAAGAGGUUCCAAUUCGCGUUCAAAUAGUUUCAAGCUGAAAUACGAAAACAUAUCCAGAUCGUGCAGUUUUAAAACUAAAGGCGAAUUGUGCUCGUGCCCAAUAGAAUCCCCUUCUAAUGGAGAAAAUGGUAAAGAAGAAACGCUAGUGCCAGAUACUGCCAAAACAAAAGAAACCAUUUGCGUCACUCUUACAUAUAAACCGCGCAUUUAAAAUUAUUAUUAAGACAUAAAUGUUUUUACUCCAAAGACAUUAAUUUAAAAUCCUACGCUUAUUAAAUUUAAGUGUGCAUCAAUGUGGCUCUUUCCUUAUGAAAAUUUUUAGGCCUAACUUAAAUGGAACUUAUUUUUCAUGAUUAUGGGGAAAAAAGUUGGCUUUUUUUAAUAUUUUUUCUUGCAGGGGUUAAUUUUUAUUUGUAGUACAAUCUUAAAACGUAAAAGACUGAUUUUGCAUUAAAUUUUUCUUAUUUCUUCCAUUUAAGAUACGCUCAUUUGAAUUACACUUAGUUGGUCCUAAAAGAAAAAGUACAUUUUAAAGGCUGUUUUGGUAUUCUGUUCUUACAAAUUCAUUUUAUGUGUAAUCCAAUAUUUGAAGACUUUCAUAGACUUGGUGGUUAUUGAAGAGCAAAAACUGCUGUCAAAUAUUUAGUUUCCAAAGUCUAGCAGUUUCUCAAAUUGCUCAAAUUUUGAGAAAUUGUAGCUGCUAACAUUUUGUAUUUUUAUUUAAAUUAUAUAAACGAUUUUUUUUUAUCUAUUUAAUAUUAUUAGCUAUUAUAAGAGAGACCAAAUUUUUUAAUAAAUAUUUUGUAUUGUUAAAAAAAAAAAUUGCAUUCCAAACAAACACGAUUGUAAAAGUAAUGAUAACAGAAAAAAAUUUGUCGUGUGUGUGCAUUUAUACGUAUUUUAAUAAAUUUCUUUGUAACUUUUAUAUAAAACAUUUACCUUUGAAUAAUAUAUUAUUAUAGUGGGAAAAAUGGUGUUCUUUUUCACCAAAAACAAAAAUUUGUACACAGUAUCUUGUCCUUUUUAUUGCACAAUUAUCUAAAAUUAGUACAUAAAAAUGUAGAUAAUAAUUAUUUUAUUUUUCUGUUUAGGUUUUAGUAAUUUUUACAAUUUGGUACCGAAUAUUUCUAGUGCCAUUUUAUAAAAUACUUGUAAGAUUGACAACACCAAAAACUAUAGAGCUUAGACUUUUUUUUAAUGCAGGGCAAUGUCAAUUUACACCCUGCUGUAUUCUUUUUUAUUGUUUUAUUUUUAUAAAUAAAUAUUCAAUGUGUAUUUAUGUGUAUAAGAAAACUAUUAUGAGUGUUAACUUUAUCGAUCUAAAUGGAAAAAGUUCACCAAAGAUAUUGUUGUAUAUGUUAUUUUUGACUUUGAAAAUUUUAAAUAAACAUAUUAACGUAAAUAAUUUAAGGUCUGUUUUAAAAAAUACCCAUAAAUUGUUCAUCUUGAUGAACUGAUCUAAUUCGAAAGUAAAAAACGCUGAAUUUUGGACAAAAUAAGCGUGAAAAUCCUAUUCUCAGAUCGCCUAAAGCCAAAAUUAAAUUAGGAACAUAUAAAAUAAAGUAAUAUGAUUUCUGAUAAUUUGAAAUUUUGAGUCAAAUUGAAUAGUUCAAAAAGCUCAUGCACUCUACUGAAAAAGUAUGAAAAUUCUAUUUGCAAUUCUCUUAAGAGUUGAAAUUUAAACUUAAAAUUGAAGCAAGAUUUGAAAUUAUUUCAACUGGUAAACCGUGAAAAUUCCAAGUCUCGUAAAACAAAAUUUAAACUUGGAAAGCGAGGAGUAAACCGCUGAAAAAAAUGUGUACACUAAUUCCCAGGAUUGUUACUAAUUCCUCUCAUUUCUUCUAAUUCCUUUCUAAUUCCCUCUAAUUCCCCUCUAAUUCCCACUAAUUCCCUUGUAAUUCCCCUAAUUUUACUAAUUCCUCACUAAUUCACCAAAUCCACCACGUAAACUUGGCCAACAUAAUAUGAUGUUAAAUAAAUCAAGCCUAAAUAUCUGGGUUUGCAGUAGGUAUUAAAAUAAAAAAAGCUGGAAAAGAUGAACAAUUUAUUCUCACAUCAAAAAACUUAUAAAAGAAAAUAAGAAUACUCGUUAUUUGUAUUAUAAAACUAAAGAUUGUUUCUGGUACCUACAUAUAACAAUAUUGGAAAAAAAUAAAAAAUUAUUGUUUUUUAAAUGCCUUAUACCUGCUCUUAAUAUUAACUUGGUCUGCUCGUUUUAACUCAAAUGGGCCUCCACCAAUUAAAUUAAUAGGUCCGUAGAAAAUAAAAUCUUUGUAAACGGUAUCAAUAUGUCUUCUUUUCGGGGCCAAAUAAAUGUGUCGAGCUCUGCUUUCAGAAACUUUAUUUUAUAAUAUCCUUUAUCUUCAAUUAUUCGACCAAUGAACCAUGAUUGGUCAUAGAAAACCGCAUAAUAGUUUUCUAAAUGUCGGCAGUUUCCGAUAAAUUUUCUGAUUGACACGGCAACAUCUCAUCUGAGUCGUCUAGUUCCAUCACGUCCCAAUCAGUGGAUGAGUCAGUGCUUGUGCCACUAGCUUGAUCCAUGGGUAGCUUCUGUUUAGUCUUUUUCAAGGUUGGCUCGGAGUUUUUGGAAGCUGAUUUCUCAGGUGUUUUCCGAGGUGCUUUCCUUGUACUGCCUAUAAAUCUUUUUAAUCGGUCAGUACUUACUCUACCGUUGGACUGAUCUAAAAGCCAGCAGUACGACGACUUUUUGAUAAUUGAGGUUUUUUUACCGAUAACUACUUUAAUAUACGGUGAUUUUUCCGAUACAACAUGCACUUUUCCGGAAAAGUCUUUUAAAUUUAUAGAACCCGUUUCCAAAGUAUCACCUUCGCCAUCUUCAUUAGAAAUCUCCGAGGAAAUAUUCUCCGAAAUUAAGUCCAUAACCUCGUUCAUAACUAUAUUGCUCUCAUCACUAAUAUUAUUUGUGUUUGCCACAUCAUGGUCAAUUUCAUUUUCUUCACAGUUCUCGCCAACUUCAACGUCGUCUUCGUUCAUGU